UCGUUGACCGUGGAGUGAAGCGCAACCUGUAGGCGUUCUGCGUUCCCAGUUGACCCAAGUCGAUUAAUGACUGCAAGUUCGUGUAUUAGGCCUGUGAAUUUAUGUGAUGAUUGUUACCUAACUCUUACAAGUGUGGUAGCUUCCUACGUUCAAUACUGAUGUACUUUGCUAGUCAGUGCGUCCGAUACGUCAUUGUAAAACCGAAAUAUUUUGAGGUUUACCACAAAACUCGAGACGAUCGAAAUAUUUCCAAAGGCUGAAAGGCGAAUUCAACAGCGGUGAAUUCUUUCUCAUUCUUCUUUUCUUCAGCAAGGCUGGAUCUGACAUAGAACUGGCUUGAUUGUUUUUCCCUAACUUCUCUUUUCAAAGAACUGCAACCUAAUUGGAUUUCUUCAAAGGAAAAAAAGGAGCGAAAAAAAUUCCAGCACAGCGAACUUGUCGACAAAAAUCAGUGCUAAUGAUCUAGAUCGCAUCCGAAAGAACCAUCAACUCUGAGGAAACAAACGAUGCUGCUUACGAUUCCCGGAGCAAGAUAACGAUACCAGCCGCUAAAGAUGAUGCACUUGGAAGCCCACCAAAAUCAGCUGACGAGAGUCGGGAAUGAUAAGUGAUAGAGAGACUGAGCGCGACUCCUAGACAUAUCCGAAGAGGAAAGGAAAGCCGUAGAAUAUCUUUUGUUGUCGUUUGAAAAUGGACUCUUGGAACUGCCUGCGAUUUCGGAAAUUGCCCGGCUUGGCCAAUCUGUGGAUGCUGCACCUGGCGACACUGUUGUUCAUCUGCUGUCCCAUUACCAUAUCAUCAGAUGAUCUCUACGACCCUGAUUCGUACAUCCAUAUCUACAAUACUACAAGUUGCCUGAAUGGGUUCCCCACCGAGGUGUCACCGUGCACAUGCAUGCCAUGCUGGGAAGGACGCUACUGCCAGAUGUACAGGGAUCAUUACCCUCCAAGAUUCCUUCUUCAUAAAGCUACAAUUGUCGUCCCUGAGAACAUUACUGGACCAGUUUACCGAUCAUGGGCCACUGACGGAGACCUGGGUCUGACAUGCCCCUUGAGCCCAGGCGAAGCAGCUCGAUGCCCCUGUGCAUCUGUGACGUAUCAGCUGUUUGCUGCCCCAGGGGACCAUAACUUUUGGCUCCACCAGUCUACCGGGGUGUUGUCCCGAAACACCAGUGGACCAGCGCUUGUACCGGGACAUACACACACCUACAAGAUCAUGGUGCAGAGUCUUCCCAAGAGAGAACGCGUCGAGGACCUUCAGUAUGACAUCUUGGACCUCAAAGUAUACAUCAGCCCCGACUUCGUCACAAUCAUCCCGCCCACCUGACUAAUGGACGACCUCAAUAACCAAUACAGCCCCAAUGGCUUGAUUUGAGGUCGUCAAAUACACCAAGAUAUCAAAGUUUCUCCUUCUGAGUGGAUUCCAAAGAAAAAGGCUCUCAUGCGCAAAGGCUGUUUUACCCGAUGACUGGUGAGAUGAUAAUAUGGAAAAUCCCAGGGCCAAUCGAUGUCAUGAAAAUGUUGUACUGUAUUCUAUACAAAGCUUGCGAUGUUAUGUUUAAGAAAAUGAAAACAAGCACAGUCUUCAAAAGUUUGAAACCGGGUUUCUUAUUACCUUCGAAAAUUGCAGAAUAAAGAAAAAAAAAAUUUUCUUUCAUUUUACGUCCGCACGGUAUGUUUAUUUAUUUAUAUAUUUCUUUGCUUAGAUCAAAGGGCAAGAUAUUCCGGUAUGACUCGGUGAGGAUAAGCUAGUAACUUUAACUUCGUAUAUAUUUAUGCGAUGCCUUGCAUCUCAGGUGGUGUAAGUACCAGACAACCAUCAUAUUCAGUAUAUAAGUUAUCAUUAUCAGGUUCAUUAUAAAAUAUCUUAAAUAUGAAAUAUCUUUUUUCCUACUCACAUACUAAGAAAAUUUUAAUUAUUUUGAAUUUGUAUGAUAUUACUUAUAAAUAACAUAAUUAUCAAUUAGUAAUUUCCAUAUCAUUUUCUAUAAAGAUCUCUAUUUUCUCAUUACAGGAUAUGUUCUUCCUAAAAAGGAAUUUUUAAAUUGAUUUUUCUUUAAAUUUUAAUUUAAAAAAAAAGAAAAAAAAAACAAGAUUUUUUUUUUAACCAAACUGACCAACCGAAAUUCAGAUGUACUGAUACUCUGGAAACAGUCUAUCUCAAAUUUGAUUUGCGCUAGAGUUAAUAAAACUUGACAAAAUGUUGCUUGUACGUACAACGGAGUGUCUGAGUGUCUUUCCCCUUUAUAAUGUGUACGGUAUAUCAUCCAUAGUGUUUGUAUACACACAUUAAUUCACUCUGGUCGCAUGAAACCGUGUAAGUGCAUUUACCGUAAGGUUUGUGGACAGUGAUGAGAUUAUCCUCAAAGUAUGAUGAAGAGAACCAGUUUCUAUCUCAUUUCGAGAGAAUUUUGACCAAGAUGAUAUCAUGGAUAAUGAAACAUUAAGAGAGAGAUUUUAUCAAAGGUACGGAAAACAGACCUUUACUGAGUACAAUACUGAUCAAGCGAUCAUGCAAUCCAAGUGCUGGAAUGAUGUUCUAGACAAGAUCAUAAAUGUUGACAUAUCGCUAAUAACAGACUAUAAAGAGACAUUUUAAGCAUUUGAUGAAAUGAAAAGCAUAUAGCUCAUGAAACUGGACGAGCGAAUCCGUUGAUAUCCUUUAGAAAUUACAAGAACAUGAAACUCGACAGCAGAAAUUGUAUAUAAAACAGAGGAGCCGUUGAAACUUGAUAGCCAUGCCAUAUCACAGACGAUGAAAUACUGAAACAACAAUUCUUUCACUAACAUGAACUGGUUUGAGAUAAUAGGAAAACAAUAUAUUUUUUAUUGAAAGCUAAGUAUAAUGACAAAGAGGAGAAGGGUAUUGUAUCGUAUAAUUAUGUAUAUCUGUCACGUGAAUGCCCUUUCAGUACUGUAUGAAUAAAUAGCCGGUGUUGUAUACAAGUUAGUAGAUUAGUUCUUUAUCCCUGAUUAGACAACAAAGCAUAUCGUAAUUUAAGGCAUUUAGUUGUAUGGGAAAUGUUCUAUUGUCGGGCAAAGGUUUUCAUAAGGAAUUAGUUGCCAU